AUGGCUUCAAUACAAGCUCCUGUCACCGUGACGCCGAUCGUCGCUGCUCCUGCCCCCAUUAUCAAGAAAACGCCAAGACAAGCUCCUUUUUGGGUUGGAGGAGCAGCUGCUACGUGUGCUGCUGUAGUUACGCAUCCACUCGACACAAUGAAGGUGCGAUUACAAACAUCAACCACCAAAGCAUCACUAGUUAGAAUGGUGGCUACAAUAAUCAAACAAGAAGGACUCACAGCACUAUAUGCUGGGUUAACCGCUAGUUUGUUACGUCAAGCUACAUACAGUACUGCAAGAUUCGGCGUAUAUGAUACCUUGAAGCCGAUGCUGGGUACCGACGAGAAAGGCAACUCCUCAUUCCUUGCCCAGCUAACGGCCGGCGUAGCCGGUGGUUUCGUAGGCGGAAUAGUAGGCUCCCCAGCAGACCUCACAAAUGUCCGGAUGCAAAACGAUGGUCGUCUCCCACCUGCCGAGCGUCGAAACUACAAGAACGCAAUCGAUGGUCUAUUCCGCAUCGCCAAAGAUGAAGGCCCGUUAGGAUUAUUCAGGGGUAUAGGACCUAACGUGACGAGAGGUGUAUUGAUGACUGCUUCACAGGUUGCUACAUACGAUGCUAUAAAGCAAGGGCUCUUGGCUACACCUUAUUUCAAGGAGAAUAUCGUGACGCAUUUUACGGCGAGUACGCUUGCUGGGCUGAUUGCCACGACUGUGACGUCUCCUAUUGAUGUUAUCAAGACCAGAGUCAUGUCUGGUAAACCCGGAUUGUAUAAGUCAACGGCCGACGCAUUCGUGAAGAUUGUAAAAAAUGAAGGUCCAAUGGCUCUGUUUAAAGGAUGGGUGCCUGCAUUCGCUAGAUUAGGACCCCAUACAAUCGUGACAUUCAUAAUAUACGAAAAAAUCAAAGACCUCGUAUUUAAAUUCAAUCCAGAGAAGUAG